UUCCAUUUGGAGACCACCUUCCUCCUCCUCCCUCCCACCCACCGCUUCUUCUUUAAACUCCCCAACGACUCCCGCACUCUCGGGAGAAUCCAAAGAAGGGAAGAAAGAGGCAAGCGCCGGCGUCGCCAUUGCCGAGUUCCAGGAGAUGGAGAGAGAGGAGAAGCGGAGGCCUCAGCCCUCAGGACAUGAGCGGGUGGUGUGCCACAAGUGUGGGUGGGUGUACCCCAACCCCCACCCCAGCGCCAAGCAGCGGAGGGCCCACCGUAAGCACUGCGGGACGACAGGCGGUGGCGGCGGCGCCGUUACCGCGGGUGGUGGCGGUGCCAAAGGUGGCGAGGGGAAGAAGGCCUCAGAUGAGGAGCUUUCUGACGAAGACCGCCGCAGGAACUCUGUGGAAGUGGUGGUGGAGGAUUUGAAGCUAGGAGUCGAAGAGGGGAAAGGAGUAAAAGGUAGCGUAGGAUCUGGAGGAGAAUUUGGAAAUUCAGGUAAAGAUGCGAUCUUGGAGACUAACAAUGCUGAUAAUACUCUGGAACCAUAUGUUUUGCUUCAUGGCAGCCAGGUUCCUGGUCCUGGUACCGAGUGCAGUGCAAAUCAAUUGGAAAGUGACAAACAGUUUGGAGAUCAUGCAUUGUCCUGUGUUGAUGUGUCCUGUAAUGUCAAUAUGGAUUCUGCCUCCAAACAUGCAGAGAACUCUGAUUCUUUGGUAUUAAUCAAAGCAUUUAUGGUUGCUUCUGAAGAGAAACAAGAUUUUGCUUGUGCUGAAAGCAAGGUUAAUAGUGCUAUGCUUGUCAAUGAUACAGAAUUAGGGUACCAUGCAAAGAAUGAUAGUGAUGAGGACAUGCCUGUUUUUCCAAUCCUACUUGGUAAUCCUGCAAGUGAUUCCUCUGUGACAGACUCUCAACUACAGAAUAUGGAUGUGUAUGUUGAGUUCGAUGACCCAUUAGAUCAUGCCACAGGUAACACCUUGAUGAAGGUUUACCCUGAUGAAGUCUCUGCCAAUAUAGAGGAAGCCAAGUCAAUUUCCUGCAAUACACAGGAUAAGCAAACUAACAAAGAAGGACAGCUGUAUCAAAAUGAAUUAUCAUCCAAAGCUGGAUCAUGCCUUAUGAAAAAUGAUGAUGGUGAGUAUCUGAAUUCUACUGCUUAUUGUGAUCAAUCUGGGUGUCCAAAUGGGAAGCCUGAUAAAUGGAAAAUGAAUGGGAAUGAACUGGAGAAUGUAAAUGCUUUACAAAUGCCGUCAAGCACUUCUCAGGGAGAAAUUCUCAAGGAGAUGCUAGGAUUUUAUGAGAAUCAUGGAUCUGUGGAACUGAAUGUAACUGUAAUGUCUGCAGGUGCUGGGGCUGGAAAUGAGCUAAAUUAUCAUGUGGGAGAUGUAGCCUCUGAAAUAGUUCCAAUGGUGGAACUAGACAACAUUGCCAAUUGCAUCCUUUCAACCAUUCAAGUUCAUGAGAGCUAUCCUCCUAGUGAGGAAAUAGUCAGUAUAAAUGCAGUCAAUAUGAUGAAUUCUGACCAGAGUCAUAAGGAUGAGCAUGUUAUUGGAGAUAGGUCUAUUCUGGUAAGUGAUUCUGAACAUGAAGCCAGAGUGUCUCUUGCACAGUCAGAAGGUUCCAGAGGGUUAGGAUCAGAUGGGCUUGAAACCCACCAAUGUGUUGCAACUGCAGGAACAUCAGUAGCCCAAGCAGUAACUGUAGAUGAUCAAGUUAGUGGUUCACAUGAAACAUGUUCUGCGUCAAUCCAAUUAGAGGAAUUUGAAACUGAAUUUCAAUCCAAAGAGCAGUCUGACCCAUCACAUGAACUUUUGUUAUGUGAUCAUAUGCUAGCUGGAGAAGUGGGCGGUAUUGCAGCAUCUGAGGUUAGUCAAGCUGAUGUAACAACCAAGAUAAGUAAUGAAAGUCAACUUGUUAUUAAUGAAGCAACAGAGGUUAACAAUCAUUAUAGUUCUGUGGAGCUCAAACAGGAACCAUAUGAAGAGGAAAGUUGUCAUUCAACAAAGACUAAUCCUCAACCUAAAUGUGACACUGUAGAACCAGAGCUCCUACCUGAUGAGUAUAUCAGAGAGAAUGAAGUGGAAAAGAGCAAAGAUUUCAGUGCACCCAGUCUUUUUGAUAAUGGCUUAGACUUACAACAUAAUGAAAACAAUUCCGGGCACUUGGAGAAUAUAACUGAAGAUCAUUCAGAUCAACUAGAACAUCAAAAAGUUCUUCAGAUAAGAUCUACUGAAAAUACAGUUGGUGAUGACACUGAUGAUCCUGAUAUGAAAAUGAAACUUAAAAAUGAGCACAUGAAUGCAGAAAAUAACCUUAUGGAAGAACUUCAUCAACUGAAUGACCCCAAAGUUCAGACUGAGCAUGUGGAAAACAUACCUGGAUCUCUGCUGGAACCUCAGAAUGGUUUUCAGGACAAUUCAAAAGACUCUUCAGUUGGUAAUGACAAUAACUAUUCUAUUGCAGAAAUAGGUUUUCACAUUCCUCAUUUUCAAACAGAAAAUGGUCUUGCCAAACCAUGCAGCAAAGAUCAAGACUGCGAAGAAAAAAUUAGUGAUGCACAAGAUUUCAUUAUUGAGGGGCAAGUCACUUCAUCACCAUCACUGGAGUCAAUAAAAAAUUUCAUUAUUUGCAACGACUCAGAAAUGAAUGGUAUAUCUGGAGUUGCUUCUGAUCUAUGUUAUCAGCCUUUGAAAGAAGAACAUGUCAAUUUGGAACCUAAGCAACAUCCUGAUUCUUAUAUUUGGGAUAUGGUUAUCUCAGCAGAUUCCAAUGGCCAAACAGAAAAUGUUGAACAGCUGAGGGGCUCUGUUUCAGAUGGAACAGUACCAUCCAUAAGACAUAAAACAGACCAGGGAUCCAUCCUUGACCCACAAACCCAGACUCCAAAGGAUCUUUGUUCUUCUGAUGUAGCGAAGGAAUGUGCUCUUCCAGAUUGCAGUGCCACUGACUGUGUUAUUUUUGAGGAACCUCCUUUCAUGACCCAUGUGAAACCUGAUAGACCGUCAGUUGCUCAUGAGAUACAGUCAAUACAGAACUCACAAGAUGAAUCUGAAGCAAGAAAGAAGAAUGAAGAUAUAGCUGCAAAGUUUGCUAGGGGGAAUUCCCGGAAGAUUCAUGUUCCCUUGAAGAUCCUCCUUGCUGAGGCAAAUGUUGAGAACCAACAGGUAACAAAUGCCCAGGGGCAUUACAAACCAAUGCAGGACAAGACAAGCCAGACUUCGCAGGAUGAGGGAUGCACAAGAAAGACAUGGAGUUCCAAAAUAGCUUCUGAGAAACCUACUGAGCCCUCUCUUAGUCGAGAAGAUUAUAAGGAAUGGAAUUCUCCUGCAAGGUUUCCAGUCCAUAAGAACCAGAAAAGGAGAGAGAAAGGAAAACAACCCUGGAUGCCAUUUAUUUGCUGCCCAUCCAUUCAAUGAUAGUGACUGCUCUCUUGUAGGCUGGUCAGAUCAUCUCGUUGGCAGCAGUGGCCUCAACACUUAGUGUUGUUUCAAUAUAGAAUCGUUAUACUUCAAGUUAUGAUACUGUAUAUCUGGAUAUUGUCUUAUUUCUGGUGCUUGUAAGUGUUCCACUUUGUUGGUUAGUUGGUAUCCUCAGAAAAUUGCUAUGUUUUCGAAGUAGCACAAUUUUGAUGCUAUUGGUCAAGUUAGUCCAAGGUAUCAAAUCCUUGGAUUGUUUUCUGGGAAUGCUGUUUCAAAUUAAAAGAAACUAUAUAUAGCCUAUUUGCUAUUUUAUUUUCAA